GCCGGGGCAACCCGGAAGCGCGUCCCGGGGGCUCCCCCUGGCGGCGGCGGGCGGCGGGGCGAUGGCGCUAGUGGAGGGCGUCGGGGACGAGGUGACGGCGCUGGCGGCGCUGGUGGCGGCUCUGGGGCUGCUGGGGCUGGCCUGGUUCUCUACGCGGACAGGCGAGCGGGGGGACGGCGCCCUCCCCGCCGCCCCCGCCCGCCGGGACCAGCCCCGCCCCGCCGCCCCCCGCCCAGACCAGCCGCGCCCGCGCCCCAGGGACGGCGGAGGGGCCCGGGAGGGGGAGGAAGGGGAGGAGGAGGAGGAGGAGGGGGGCUCGGGGUCCCCCUUCGUGCUGCGGCUCAAGUUCCUGAACGAGACGGAGCGGCUGGCCAGGGUCCGCCCCAGGGACACGGUGGGCGCCCUCAAGAGGCUCUACUUCCCAGGCCAGGAGCAGCUGGUCCGCCUCAUCUACCAGGGCCAGCUCCUCAGGGACGACGCCCAGACUUUGGCCGCCCUGCACCUCACCAACAACAGCGUGCUCCACUGCCACGUUGCCCAGCACCGGCCUCCGCCAGUCGCUGCCAAUGCCGGCCCCCGGAACGACGCCGAAGCAGCCCACGCCGCCCUGAACGUGGGCAGCCUGAUGAUGCCCCUCCUGGUGCUGAUGCUGGCUGCCCUAUGGUACUUCCAGCUGCAGCACCGCCACGUCUUCACUGCCACAGCCACAACCUGCCUGGCCGGCCUCACCCUGGUCUUCAGCUUCGUGGCCUUUGCCGUCUACCGCAGAUGACGCCGGUGGACGCCCACUCUGUGCCCAGACUCGGGGACGUCCGUUGGGGGACUGGGUGCCGUUGCGGGACUCGGGGACACCAGAUCUCGUUGGGGGGAUGCGCCUGGGCUCUGAGCCCUAGUGGGGGUUGGUGAGGACAUGUCUGGGCAUCUCCUUGCCAACCUAAGCAGUGGGUUGGACUGGAUGACCUCCAAGGUCCCUUCCAACUCUGUUAUUCUAUUCUAUUCUAUUCUAACUGCCGGUUAUUGUUUUUCCAUUAAAGCUGUGAAGGAAAAAGGGAACACACCGUCUCCAUGGUGGGUGCCGGGUGGGGGGGGAAGAGAGGGAGGGCUUCUGGUUGGGCCCUACCACCUCCCCAAACAAGGGGGCAAGGGUUCACCCCAACGACUGCUGCUUGGGGGACAGGAGGAAUCGGGGCGCUCCUUUGGUGGCCUCUGGAGCCUCUUUAGGGGGAGCGGGCUGCAGUCCCUCCCUGGACCCCCCCUCUCAUCCUCCCUUCUCCUCCCCAGAAGUUUGGAGCCCCUGGACUUGUUUUGGGGUGCAAUUCAGUGGGAGGAGAAUACAGGCAGUCCCCAACUUACAACAGUGCAUUUAGCAACUGUUCCAAACUCCGAUGGCUCUGUGAAAAAAGUGGGACUUGGGACCGUUUCUCAGCCUUAGGACCUUUGCAACCUCCCCAUGCUUGGUGGCUAAUUCGGAUUGAUGACCGUCACGGUCCCCAGGAUGUUGCAAAACGGGGCUAAGCUCCCUUAACAAAUCUUUCAUUUAGCAAAAUAAAUGUUGGGGUCAAUUGUGGCCGUAACUCAAGGACAAUCUGUAUUAAACUCAGCCUUCCUGGCUUUUUUCCUCCUCUUCCUUCCUUCCUUUUUCUCUUGCUUCCUUAUUCCAUCCCUCAAUUCUUUCUUUUGUUCUUUCUCUCGUUCUUUUUCUUCCUUUUUCUCUUUCUUUCUCCUUCCUUCUUUUUUUCUCUCUCUCUUGCUUCCUUCUUCCAUCCCUCAGUUCUUUCAUUUUCUUUCUCUUUCUUGUUCUCUUUCUCUUGCUUUCUCUCUUUCCAUCCUUCCUUCCUUCCUUUUUCUCCUAUCCUCCUCUCUCUCUCUCUCUCUCUCUCUCUCUCUCUCCUCCCCAUAGCUCUGUUACCCUUCAUCUGGUAAAUAUUCUUACACUGGGGAUUUCUAGGGGCUAAUUCCCUUCCUUCAGCCCAGGAAAUCUUUAAAGAGGCCUGACAACCACAAUAGGGACCAGGGGAUUUGUCAUUAAGUGAGACAUCAUGCAAACAGGACUUGAGACACCCCCCACCCCUCUUGUUGGCUUCCCUGGUUCCUUGGCUGGUCAGAACUUGGCUUGGAAGGUUGCCAACGCUGCGGACUCACGGAUGCUGUGGCCAUCCUCACUGUGCAACCGCUAAAUCGCAAUCCUGUGUCCGCUGCGUCGGCCAUAAGUGCAAGGAUCGGUCACAAGUCACUUUUUGGCCCAUAAUGGUCACUAAAUGGAUGCUUGCCUGUCAAUUGAAGUCAAAUUGCUCAGGGCACGUAAGGGCGGAAACCCGGUGUGGGUCUCCCCCAACCCGCCCCUUCUCUCCCAAUCUUGGUGUUUUGAUUGCUCCUCCCCCCCAAAUGCUAACUUGCAAAAAAAAUAAAAAAUCUUGGAAAUAGGUUUUUUUGCGAAAUAAAGGAAGCCAGUAGACAUCUGAAUGUAGAUUGGUUUUCCAUAAAAUUGGACGCUUUGGCAGUUUGGCUGGUAGAAAUCGCAGUGUGUUGCAUUCUUUUUAUUAUUAUUAUUAUUAUUAUUACUA